AUGUCAUUUGUUAUCUGUAUCGCGCGCGGUUUAGUUUAAAGCGUGUGAAAUAAUAGAAUUUAAGGUAAAAUAAGGAAAACUCUGUGAAAAUGAACGGCAAAUUAGCAGCUGGAAUAUCUCAUGAUAGUUUAACUGAAGAACUUUUAAACCCAUUCGUUCACCGCUUGGAGUUGGACACAACAUACGAAAAAAUUAAAACCGCAGUGUUAACAGUAGUUUUAUUACCGAUAAGAGUUUCGAUAAUCUGUUUCUUGCUAAUAUCCGGGUGGUUGUUAGCCUGUAUAGGACUUUGGGGACUGACAGAAGAGGACCUCCGAGCUAAACCUUUGUCAGGAUGGAGAAGGAAAUUGACACCAAUUUUGUGCUUUUUGGGCAAGAGUACGUAUCGAGCUGGCGGCAUGAAUGUUGUGAUAAAAGGCAAACAAGCCAGUCGCAGCGAAGCCCCAAUACUAGUGAUAGCCCCCCAUUCCACGUUUCUGGAUGGAGGAAUUAUCUACGCCACUGGCUUUCCCUCCAUCAUCGUUAGACGAGAGAGCGGUACAAAUCCGUACAUCGGAAAGUUGAUUAACUUCACACAACCUGUUUAUGUGUGGAGGGACGAUCCAGACUCGCGUCAAAACACGAUCAAAGAGAUCAUCAGUAGGGCAACCUCUGACCUGGAUUGGCCACAAAUUUUAAUUUUCCCAGAAGGAACGUGUACAAAUAGAUCGUGUUUGAUUACAUUCAAGCCAGGUGCGUUUUAUCCAGGCGUUCCUAUCCAACCUGUUUGCAUCCGAUAUCCAAAUAAACUCGAUACUGUGACAUGGACUUGGGAAGGACCCAGCGCGUUGAAACUACUUUGGUUAACCUUAACCCAACCUUACAGUUACUGCGAAAUUGAAUUUUUGCCGGUAUAUCGGCCUAGUGAAGAGGAGAAGAAAGACCCGAAGUUGUUUGCAAAUAAUGUUCGAGCUGUUAUGGCCAAGGCUUUGGGGGUCCCAGUUUCGGAUUAUACCUAUGGAGAUUGUAAAUUGAUGGCAAGAGCUAAAGAAAUGAAUCUACCAAAUUCCACGUCGUUGGUUGAAGUACAGAAAAUGAGACACAGAUUAAAUUUGCACCAAUCCAACGUGGAAGAAAAUUUACUCAACUCAAACAUAUUGUGUCAAAAUUGCAACAGAGUGACUUUCACUGAAUUCUGUAAAUUAUUGAAUUUGUCGCCAAACGAUCAUUGUACUCAGCAUUUAUUUAAACUCUACGAUAAGAAUUGCAGCGGUGCUAUCGAUUUCCGGGAUUACCUUCUGGGAGUGUUGGCAUUGUCAAAUAGCCGAACAACUCUUGAUGCUGUUAAACUAGCUUGUAAGAUAUAUGACAGUAGUGGCUGUGGCCACCUUUCCGCUGAAGACUUCAGCAGAGCUCUUUUUCACACAUUAGCUAUCAACAAAGAGUACGCUUUUGAAAUAUUCGAACAAGUAGACAAAAAUAAACUUGGGUACAUUACAUUUGAUAAUUUCCUCGCAUAUGCAGAGAAGAAGGCUGAAUUCGCGAGUUUAUUCAGUUUGAGUCGUGAAGAAAAGUUAAUUCCAUUGUCCAGAAACGGUGAAAUAUGCCCCAACGACUUUCCCAAGAAAUUAGACUGAUGUUUGGAUGUUCUUCAAGUUUAAAUUUUUUAUUCUUGAAACUCCGGUCAGUAUGACAAAAGGAAUUAAACAUACGAAGAAGUGAAGACAAAACUGAUGAUCUGAUAUUUUUAUGUAUAAUAUUAUUGUAGCAUAUUUUAGCUUAAUAUUUUCAUCUUAACCAAUAGUGUGAUAGACAUUAAUUUAGUAGAUUGAGAAAAUUAUUUAUAUAUUUAUUUAUUUAUUGUAAAUAUAAUUUGUAUAUACUA